AUGAAUGCAACUGGGUCAGAUUUUCAGAUCAACAGUAACCGAGAUCGGAACUCUGAAAUACAGCUAAACACGAUUACAAAACCUACAGCUAACCUAGAGCCCCCGCUUGCACAGACAUGGGAAGCGUUCUUCACAGAUCUAGACGAGCUUAAUAAGAUAGAGCUCCCGAGAUGUCUCACUCCACCAAACGCAGUUGGCUUGCCAACACUCUGCAUAUUCUCGGAUGCAUCGAGAGAAGCCUUUGGAGCAGUUGCAUAUUUGAGAUGGCAGCCAAGCGUUGGGUCGUAUGAAGUGAGAUCUGUAGCAGCCAAAUCAAGAGUCGCCCCACUCAAGGAGUUAACAAUUCCAGGGCUAGAGCUCCAAGCAGCAGUACUGGCAGCAAGAUUGCACCAGACCCUACAAGAGGAACUUCGCAUAGAAUACAAGACCGACCCAAACCAGUGGCGCCACAUCCCCGGAAGUGCAAAUGUUGCUGAUGACGUCUCUCGAGGCCUAUCUGUUCAAGAACUCAAGGGAAGGUGGACCCAAGGCCCAGCCUUUCUACAGACCAAUGAAGAUGAAUGGCCACAGGAAGCCAAGUAUCAGGAACCAGAUAACGAGUCCGACCAAUCGGAGAGACGAAAGGAGAAAGUAUGCGCAGUGACAGGAAGAGCAGAAGAGGCGAUCGAUGUCAGCAAGUUCUCGGAAUGGAGAAGACUCGUCCGUGUAACAGCUAGAAUUCAAAGGCUGUCAGAGAAAAUCAGGUUGCGAAAGUAUGAACAAGAAGGAAGGCAAGGCCCCUUGGCGCCAGAAGAACUGAAAAAGGCGGAAGAACACUGGAUUAAGAAGAUGCAAGAUACACUUCACGGUCGUCACGAGAAAGGCGAAUUCGCGCCGUUAUCCCCGUUUGUCGACGACAAAGGCAUCAUCCGUGUCGGCGGACGUGUGAAUGCAGAGUUAGUAUCAUAUGACACCAGGCACCCUAUUCUGUUGCCAAGCGACCACCGAGGAGCCCUCCUGAUAACGCGUCACGUCCACAAACAUGGACACCUCGGAGUCGCCGCCACCACAGCAAAAAUCAGAGCCAAGUACUGGAUCGUCAAGGGCAACAAGCUGAGUAAGAUUGUGAAGAAGGAAUGUGUGUUCUGUAAACGACUAGCCCACCAGACAGAGACACAGAUAAUGUUAGCCCUACCUCAGCUCCGGCUAGCGCCCUACACCCCACAGUUUUUCCACACAUCGUGCGACUAUUUUGGUCCUAUCAAUGUCCGGAUCGGCCGAAACAAGUCCGACAAGUAUUAUGGAGUAAUCUUCACGUGUCUGAAUACAAGAGCUGUACAUUUGGAGAUGGCCGUUGACCUCUCCACCAUGGAUUUCCUACAGGUCCUCCGCCGAUUCUUCUCGAUCAGAGGAUACCCAGCCACAGUGUUAAGUGAUAACGGCAGCCAAAUGGUCGGCGCAGAAAGAGAGCUGCGAGAACUAAUCAAGGGUCUAAGCGACGAUCAGGUGCGACAAUUCAACGCGGAAAAAGGCAUAAGGUGGAUCUUCAUCACCCCAGCCGCACCUCACCAGAAUGGCUGCGCGGAAGCGUUAGUCAAGACAUGCAAGACGGCCCUCAAGAAAGCAGUUGGCGAACAGACCCUCACGCCAAUGGAGCUAUACACAUGUCUACUUGAAGCUGGAAACUUAGUGAACCAGAGGCCGAUAGGACGCAUCCCUAAUGACCCAGACGACGGGAAGUACCUCUGUCCAAAUGACAUACUGUUAGGCCGGGCCUCCUCAGACGUACCCCAAGGUCCAUUCAGAGAGACCCCCAACCCGCGGCAGAGAGUGGAAUUCGUCCAGAGGAUCGUCGAGUCCUUCUGGAAACGAUGGCAUCGAGAUGUGUUCCCGGUACUUGUGCCAACAAAGAAAUGGCGCUCAGAAAUCCGGAACGUUCAAGUCGGGGACAUUGUUGUAAUAAGUGACAGCAAUGCACUGAGAGGAAAGUGGAGCACCGGAAGAGUAACUGAAGUUUAUCCCGGGCCUGACGGCAAGGUGCGCAACGUCAAAGUACAAACAGCGACCGGAACGUACAGUCGUCCAGUCACCAAGAUUGCUGUGAUCCAGGCUGCAGACGGAAAGCUACUGUAG